AUGUUCAAACGCUAUGGGAUUAACAUUACAAAAACUAAAUUGCGUGAAUUUUUCAAGAGAAUCGAUUAAGAUGAAGAUGACAAACUUAAUUGGAACGACUUUCGACAAGCCUUGUAAAACUAAGAAGCUUUAUAGAUGUUCGUUGAGCUCAUGCGCAAAAUCAGAGAGACCUCGGAGAAGUUAGGUAAACCAAAUGAGUUCAAUUUUGUGCCUUUGAGCUUCCCCAACAUGAUUUAAUACAUGAAUUAUUGUGUUUUGAGGGAAGAGCUCAUUCAGAAAAUAAAAUCGGAACAAUUAUCAAACCAAUAAAAAGUUAAGCAGUGCACAAAUCUUUUGUCUUUGGAAGAUAUCUGCUAUAAGAAAGUUUUGGAUAUGAGAGAAGUAGAAGAAGAGCAACAACAAGAUGAAGAAGAUCCACUUAAGAAAUUUAUGAAAAAAAAUAAUGAUCCUCAGCAACUAGCCAUUUUGAAGAGAUUGUAAGAAAAAGAAUAAAUGAUGCAGCGUUAAAAAAGAAUUAGAAAAUUAAGUUCAUCGUAAUAUUACAGGACAGACACAGACUAAACUAAUAGAUCUAUUCGAAAAAGCUAUUAGUCAAAUAAAUAAGAGACUAGCAAAAUAUAUCAAUCGGAAUUUAAAUUAAUAGAUUAAUUUGUAAAUGAUAAUUAAUCCUAAUUACCAUUUAAAAUUACUGACAAUAAAAAUAAUUUAAAUAUACAACAGGCAUUGUAGAUAACAGAAAGAUUGAAUUUAAAUAAUACCGAUUCUCCUUACAAGUACUAAGCAAAUCACUUGAAAUAAGUAUCAUGCACUACCAGUACAAGGAGAGGCGACCAUUUUACAAAUUAAUAUCUUAUUAAUUCUAAAUCGCCUUUCCUAACCUCUCAGAUAUCAAAACUUCGUUCUCCUUAAAGAAUUAGAGUAAUAUCCUAGAUAGAUUUGAAAAAAAGUGAUUCAAAAAAUAAAAUUUGA